AGCUGAAUCGAAGGGCUACCGACCCAACUGAUGUUUGAAAAAGAUUAGUCGGUUGAUUUAUAGGAGCAGCCGCCGUAAAUAAAUCGGCCGACUAGGAAUGGCAGCGCCCUUCGGUGGACCACCAGCUUCCUUCUCUUGACUCUUUCUUCCCUUUCUCGCGAACCAGCAAAACCAAGAGAGAAAUCGCGUGUUGAUUUGACGAGCAGACCGACGCCAACGAAUUGGGCAUUCGAGAGGAGGAGGACGUUUCUAGACUUAGUCCACCGGAUCAAGAGAGGAGAACAGUCAUCCUCGACGUUGCCGCCGUCGCCAGCAAGGAGUUCGAUCUGUUGAGGGGAGUUUUGGAUGGGCGACCAUGUGGUGGUGAAUGUGGACGGUUUGGCGAACACCAAGGAUGAUGGCGUUGCUGAGAAGCCAUCUGAGGCUGUGUUGGUGGCUGCUGUUGAUAUGGUGGAGGAUGGUGGCGAGGAUGAGCCACUCAUCCCGGCUGCGGAGUGCCGCAUAUGCCAGGAAGAGGACAGCAUCAAGAAUCUCGAGAAGCCGUGUACGUGCAACGGCAGUCUGAAGUAUGCUCAUAGAGCGUGUGUGCAACGCUGGUGCAAUGAGAAAGGAGACAUUACAUGUGAAAUUUGCCAUGAGCAAUAUAAGCCUGGGUACACAGCACCACCACGUGUUCAACCAGAUGAGACCAACAUAGAUAUAAGUGGGGAUUGGACCAUUACAGGAGCUCCUCUGGAUUUGCGUGACCCAAGAAUUCUUGCUGUAGCAGCUGCACAGCGUCGUCUUCUUGAAGCAGAGUACGACGAAUACGGUGGUACUGAUGCAAAUGGUGCUGCAUUCUGCCGUUCUGCUGCACUCAUUCUAAUGGCUCUGUUGCUUCUGAGACAUGCAUUGUCGAUCUCGGACAAUGAAGGAGAUGAUGACGCUUCUACCAUGUUCUCUCUUUUUCUUCUCCGAGCCGCUGGAUUCCUGCUGCCAUGCUAUAUAAUGGCAUGGAUCUUCAGUAUUUUGCAUCGCCGGCGACAAAAUGAGGAAGCGGCCUCAAUUGCCACGGCAGAGGUGGCAUUCAUCCUGCAAUCAGCCCAGGGCCGUGCCCUUCAGUUUACCAUCGCUCCAGACCCCCCAACCACUCCACAGCAUGAGCCACACCAGCAGCAACAGCAAUAGUUCAACAACCCAGUAGUUCCCCAAGUACCUGGCACUAUGUGCGCUUGAAGAUGUAGGUCCGGGUGCCUAUUCUGUUGUUGGUACUGGCUCAUCAGGAAUGCUAGGAAGCCUUCCUGUGGCCAAGUAAAAACCUCGUACGAUGUCACUGUCUUAUUUGUCUCGAGCAAUGCGACUAAAUCUGUCUGUCUGAAUGUAAUUUAAGCAUUGAUUUAAUGUAAAUUUAAUAUGUAUUACCUUACUAUUUUGGUGCAACCCGUGUCAUGUGCUCUGAGCGAAA